GCCAACAUAUCAAGAUGCGUUUCGCCGGCUUCCAUCACUAACCUCCCGGAGGUCAUCAAGCCAAAUUUAUGAGUGGCCGCUCGAGUCACGUGACUCUAUUUAAGGCUCCCUUAUUUGGGAAGAGCGCAUAGGAUAAAGAAAGAGAUAUCUCCACCUAUAAAUUGUGCACUUUGGAGAACAAAAAACCCCUCAACUUCAAAGAGUCACAAAUCACCCUUAAUCAAAAAGGGUGCAGAAAUUUUUUUUGGGCCCUCCCCGCCAUGAGCUCCUACGUAGCCAAUUCAUUCUAUAAGCAGAGCCCCAAUAUCCCUGCCUAUAACAUGCAAACUUGUGGGAACUAUGGAUCGGCCUCAGAGGUGCAGGCAUCCAGGUACUGCUACGGCGGAUUGGACUUAAGCAUCACUUUCCCACCGCCUGCGCCUUCCAACUCUCUCCACGGGGUAGACAUGGCUGCCAACCCCCGGGCUCACCCCGACCGCCCCGCCUGCAGCGCCGCGGCCGCUCCGGGACACGCUCUGGGCAGAGAUGAAGCGGCUCCUCUGAACCCCGGGAUGUACAGUCAGAAGGCGGCUCGCCCAGCGCUGGAGGAGCGAGCUAAGAGCAGUGGGGAGAUCAAAGAGGAGCAGGCGCAGACAGGGCAGCCCGCCGGACUGAGCCAGCCACCGGCCCCGCCACAGAUUUACCCGUGGAUGACCAAACUGCACAUGAGCCACGAGACGGACGGCAAGCGUUCCCGAACCAGUUACACGCGCUACCAGACUCUGGAACUGGAAAAAGAAUUCCACUUUAACCGCUACCUCACUCGCCGCAGGCGCAUAGAGAUCGCCAACAACUUGUGUCUCAACGAGAGACAGAUCAAGAUCUGGUUCCAGAACCGCAGGAUGAAGUGGAAGAAAGAUUCCAAAAUGAAAAGCAAAGAGGCUCUCUAGAGGCAGCGGGGAGGCCCGCCGAGAGCACCCCGAGCCCGCUUCGGUCGCCCGUCCUUUUCGGUUCUCCUCUCUAGAUAUUUUGGGGCAAGGGCGGGGGCUGGAGCAUGGGCUCCCGGGCCUCACAGAGAAAAGCUCUUUCCCUUGGCAUUCCACAUCCCCACCGACCCCAGGUUCCCGUGGGACUCCCCUCAGUUCUGCUCAGCACCGAGAUCCCAGGACAGGCUCCACAGGGGCUCCCCCAGAGGGCUGUGGCCGAGGGGCUGGUGCUGAGGGAUCCUUGGCCUGGGUUGCCUCUCAGGAUUCCUACCCCAGCCUGGCGCACCCGAGUCCAGGUGGGCCUUGUGGGCACGACAGGAUCCGCUCCCAGACCCUCCGGCCUCGCCCUCUCCUUUGUUUCGGGCUUGGGCACGGCAGGCAGCUGUGGGCUUGGUGAGAGAAUGGUUGUGCCCAGCAGAGUCCGGCACCAGACUCGGGGUACUUCCUUGUAGGGAUUAAACUCGAUGUUCAUUUUUAAAACAACUUGCAUAUGAAAGGGGGGAGAUGACUAAACAUCUGCCUAGGGCCCCCUCAGUUGCCCUAUGCUCUCCAAACCUGCUCCCCCACCCCAAAGCCCGGGAACCUCUCCAGCCUGCGCUCUCUGCAUGCCCUUGCAGGCCCUCAGCCUCAGACCGAUAGCUAGCUCAGCUAGUGGGGUUCCCUGCUACUGGACCCCAGCAAGCGGUCCUAGAGGCUCCUGGCUGCCCAGUAGUCCCCGCCACGACUUUCUGUGUCCUUCUGCCCAUCGCUGUUGUCCAACUAUUUAUUGACUCCAGGUCUUUCCUGAAACUAUAUUUUGUCAUAUCAAAUAAAGACAAAGAAAGAACAGGACUAAA